UUCGCAAUCCUAAUGGACAUUAUGAUUCCGAGACUCGGUUUCCUCCGCUCAACGGAAUUCUGGCUUGUUUUCCACACGCUUCUCUGGCUUCAUCGUUAUGUGCGGCUUCUUGUUCACUGCGUCAGCCAUUGGCGCUACAAGUCCAAAGUGCCAAACUGGGAAAAGCCAAGAUAUACAUCCGAAGAUGUCACAGUGGUCAUCCCGACAAUCCACAACCGCCCGGAGGAGCUGCGCCCCUCCCUCGAGAGCAUCCUGGCCUGCAAACCGGCUAAGCUGGUACUCGUGACCACGUGUAACAAGCGCGAGGCCUUAAGUCGCGUGGCGACAACCUUGCGGAUGCCGGAUUCCACGUCUCCCGUCGAGAUCGUCGUGCUGCACGUUGACAAGGCAAACAAACGCCUCCAACUCUGCAAAACGCUGGAGGAUGAGCACGUCAAGACGGCCAUUACGGUCAUGGCCGACGACGACGUGGAGUGGCCGUCAACCCUGAUGCCGUGGCUGCUCGCGCCAUUCGAGGACGACAGGAUGGGCGGAGUUGGGACGUGCCAGCGGGUGAAGCGCGUCGUCAACGGGGACAUCGCGACGCGUAUCUUCAACUGGCUAGGGGCUGCCUAUCUUGAGCGGCGCAACUUUGAGAUAUCCGCGACGCACAACAUCGAUGGCGGCACAUCGUGCAUGUCCGGGCGUACGGGUGCGUACCGCACCGAAAUUCUUAAGGACCAUGUCUUCUUGAAAAACUUCAAGAAUGAGAAAUGGGGAAGAUACAUCCUUAAUGCCGACGAUGACAACUUUGUAACGAGGUGGCUGGUGGCCCACCAGUGGAAGACCUGGAUACAGUACGAGCCCGAGUGCGAAAUUGAGACGACGCUCGAGAACAGCACGAAGUUCUUCUACCAGUGCUUGCGCUGGGCAAGGAGCAAUUGGAGGAGCAACUGGACUAGUCUAGUGCGCGAGAGAUACGUCUGGACCCGACAGUGCUGGUGCACGUACGCGCUGCAUAUCGCCACUUUCACCUCGUUGGCCUUCGUGGUCGACCCGCUCUUGCUCUUCACGUGCUGGUGGGGUACGGAAAACUGGCAGCCUAGAAACCGGCGCACCCUGCUCGCGGCGGAGAUCGCGUUCAUGUUCGGCUUCACCAAAGUGGUGAAACUGGUUGGACUGCUUCGCAGGAAUCCUCGUGACAUCAUGUUUCUGCCGGUGUCAAUCUUGUUUGGCUACUUCCAUGGUCUGAUCAAGCUCUAUGCGCUAUGCACACUCAACGAGACGUCCUGGGGAAGCCGCGAGGACGGUGAUGAACACAACACUUUCCGUCUGCAGGAGAGCCUGCCCACAGCUAAAGCAUAG